AUGAGCACCUCACCCGUGUCCGACACGUUCCGCAACAACUCGACGAAAGAGUUUUCUCUUUCGUUUGGAUCUCACGCCAGCGGUUCACAGAGCGAGUCGGGCAUCUCGCAGCGGUUGGACGGUACACACAACUUUGCGACGUCGUCCAUUCUGUCGUUUGACGUGCUGCCAGCCACCGGCGUGAUGGCAGACCACAAGUCUCAGCCUCCAGAUCCUGCUCUCACCGCCGCGGCCGCGAUGAAGGCGGCGUCGCAGCCGCGGUCCAAGAAAGGCGGCAGGAGUGCUGGUCGUUCCGCGUCGACGACCACGGGUGGCUCUCUUGUUAUAGACCAGGCCCCGACGCCGCCGGGAGAGCCCGUCAAAGUUAAGAAUCAGAACGUCCGCCGCAACGUGUACAUCUCUGGUGUGCCACCGACCUACCACUCGGAGGAUUUCCGACAGCUGUGCCAGCAGUUCGGGCGGGUGGAGGCGGCAAAGCUGUGCGUUGACAAUCGCAAUGCCCCGACGAAGGCCUACGGAUUCGCUCUGUACUACAGCGAGGAAAGUGCGGCGAGCUGCAUCCGCGGACUCAACGGCAGCUUUUUGCAGGGGCGCUGUGUUCAGGCCCGCCUCGCUGACUCUCACGCCACCCCACAGCCGCUUGGGGAUGCCGGCGCCGCCAUCAACACGACGCUGCCGCCGCCCUCGAUGCAGCGCGACCGUCGUGACAAUAAUAAUCGCAGCCGCCGCAGUGGUGGCUCUCGUCGUGGCUCGCAGGGUCGUCGUGGCGUGAACAACGGCUCCAUCCCCGGCGCGGCUGUUGGCAACAACGGCAUGCCACUUCAGAUGCCCUUCAACCCGAUAGGGAUGACUGCCGCUAUGCCGAGCGGCAGCGCGAUGCCCAUGCCGAUGACGCAGUACUUCCCUUUUAUGGCUCCUGCAGGCAGCGCUGUGCCGGCCACCACCGCACUCACGGCCUCUGCCGUGGAUGGGCACAUGGCCGUCAACACGUCGCCAUCGACGGCCUUCUUCACGGUGACCCCGGCGAGCUGUAGCUCGCGCACGGACUGUGGCUUUGGCGCUGCCGGCACGCCUUUGCCUGGCCCUCCCACCCCUGGCGGUAGCGCCGCCAAUGGCGCUCAACGCGGAGGCGCGCCCGCGGCCAUGUCGGCGCUGUCCCCUGCAUCUAUGGCUCUCAGCCCCCCGCUGGACUCCCUGCGCUCAUCCGACAGCUGCUCCUCCCUGGGGUCGGGGACAGGGACGACGAGGGGGAACACCAACGGCGGCCCGCGCGAUGCGGUGGGCAACAACGCUAACUCUCAAGCUCUCGUGUCUCCCUUCAACUUCCCCUUCCCGAAUAUGGCACCCAUGAUGCCGGCGGGGCCUGCGCAGAUGAUGGUCACAACGACGGCAGUGAACGGCGCGACCGGCGCGACCUCGACGGAGUGGGCGGCGCCGCCGGCGACAACAGCCGCCUUCGUGUACUAUCCGCUGCCCACUGGCGGGUACGGUGCCUUCCCAACCACCGCGGCGACAGCGAAUGGUGUGAGCGCGUACCCGGGAUCGCCGUCACCGUCCUGUCUGCCGGUAGCUACAGCCACUGCGAACCCCGUGGCUAAUGGGUCAGUCCCGUUGACAUACUUUCCAAUGGGUGCUGUGCCCAUAAACGGCGCUGCGGCGGGAAUGCCGGCGCUUCCGCCCUACUUGCCGUCGGGCCCCGUCAACACCAGCAACGGUGGCGCAGAGGGCUUCAGUGGUCUGCCGCCGAACGUCGUCAUGAUGGACAAUGGGAUGGGCUUGCAGCUGCAGAUGCUGCACUGA